CAUGCUCUUCCCCUUCUUCGAUCAGCGCCAUGGAGAGGAGCGCGUCAUCCAUGGAUGAGAGCAUUACUUCGGCUCCAGAGCUGGAAUGCUGGAGCUCAGAGAACCUCGAGGAGUUACGGCAUCUGCUAGCGUGCACGUCCAUGGAGCUGGAAUCCGCGAGACAGGCCGCCAAGAGCCAGGAGCAAAUCUACACUUGCAAGCUCACUCAUCUCGAGGAGCUCCUGCGAGCAGCUCAAAGGGAACGAGACGAAGCCCGGCAAAAAGCUUUCGAUCCAUCCGCGGCCACCAUAACUUCUUCCUGGGAAGAGCUCCCCGAUCCAGCGGGCGACUACUCCUUCCUCCUCGACGACGUAGCCCUCGACGACACUACUGUGGUCCUUGAUCUUAGCGCUCCAACGCUGGAUCAUCCUUUUCACGCCGACGCUGCUGCCGCUGGAUUCUUUCUCGGCAAUCCACCACUAUCUAAGACUUCCCCACGCAAUGCAGCAGCGAUGGAUGAUCUCGAGGCCGCAGUGGUGACGAGCGCUCUUCCCGAGAGAGGCCAUCUCCUCGACGCGGUGAUGCAAGCGGGUCCUUUGCUCCACAACCUUAUGUUGGCCGCCGCUCCUCCUCGGCUCUCUCACGUCCCCCAUCUCCCUCUCCCGCGAUGGCACCAUCCUCCUCCAGUGAGUUUCAUGCCUUCUUCGUCUUCUUCUAUCCAGAUACCACAACCCAACAGUAGUCUCAGGUGUGCUGGCGGCUUUGGAUCCUCGUCAACUUGCUGCCUCCAAGUCUAGACUUGUGUUCUCCGGAUAGAUCAGUAUAUUUUUUCUUAAGAAGU